AUGUUCCAAGCCGACGUGCAGCACUAUGACGGUCUUGCGUCGAUGGGCUCCAACCCGACCUCGGACGCCGCGUGCCAACCGUCGUCGGUCGUGCUCGGGGACACGCCACUUACAAAAGGCGAGCUCGCACAGAGAUUCUUCCGGUGCCUCUUGCUCUGCCACACGGCAACGAUCGCCCCCGACGACGAGAUUCGGGCGUCGUCGCCGGACGAGGCCGCGCUUUUGCUGGCUGCGAUCGAGUUCAACUGUCGCUGCCGCCAGCGCUCCAUCAACUCGGUCACCAUCAGCAUCUUUGGCGACGACGAGACGUAUGACAUUUUAGCGCUCAACGAAUUCGACUCGACGCGCAAGUGCAUGUCGAUCAUUGUGCGCCAGACGUCGCCGCCACCGACCAACGCGGAUGACGACGGGAUCUGGAUGUUUACAAAGGGCGCCGACACGGCCAUGAUGGCGAGUGCCGUGCCAUCCGGUCCGCAACUCAAACCACCGGCCAUGGCUCUGCACAUUCAUUACUUUGCCUCAAUGGGGCUGCGGACCCUUGUGUUUGGAUACAAGCGACUCACGCGCGCCGAGUACAGCGUGUGGUUUGAAGCGUACACCAAGGCCAAGACGAGCCUCGUGGACCGCGACACGAAGCUCGUCGAGUGCGCACGCUGCAUGGAGACAGGCGUCACGCUUCUCGGCGCCACGGGCGUCGAAGACCAGCUCCAAGACGGCGUCAAGCAGUGCAUUCAAACGCUUAGCAACGCGGGAAUCAAUAUUUGGAUGCUCACGGGGGACAAGGACGAGACGGCCAUCUCGAUUGCCAACUCGUGUGGCCUCCUCACCGACCAGUCGCACUUGGUCGUCGUCAACGAAAAGACCAAAGCGGCCUGUUUGUACCAAAUCGCCAACGCCCGCAAGAAGCUGCGCAAAGCCGGUAUCUGGCAUCCGGGGCGCGCGUCACAUGACAUUGCACUUGUCAUCAACGGCGAGGCACUUGAGUGUCUCUUGGCCCCUGUAGAAAAGUCGCCCGAAGCCGCGCCUACCAUGGAGCGGUACGCAUCAAACGAAGCCCUUGCAUCGCCCGAGAGUGGGCGCGCCGUCAACGAGAGCUCGCUGGAUGCCGCGAUCGAUGUCCGUGACAAGGAAUCCCAACGCCAAACUCGAGCGUCGUUGACGACCGACGAUCCCGCCGAGCUCAGCGUCAUGGGUGGCGGCAACGAUAGCAUCUUUAUGCAACUCGUGACGCAGUGCUGCUCAGUGAUUGCGUGCCGCCUCUCGCCGCUUCAGAAAGCGCAGAUCGUCGCGCUCAUCAAGACAAGCAAGGGCCGGCCCGUCACGAUGGCCGUCGGUGACGGCGGCAACGACGUGAGCAUGAUCCAAGAGUCGCACAUUGGCGUCGGCAUCUACGGGCACGAGGGCAUGCAAGCCGUGCGCAGCGCCGACUUUGCGAUCGGUCAAUUCCGGUUUUUAUCGCGUCUGAUUCUGGCGCACGGCCGGUGGAAUUACCGGCGGGUCUCGAUCGUGAUCCUCUUUUCGUUCUACAAGAACAUGGCGCUUAUCAUGACGCUCUUCUGCUACUCGUUCUACAACGGGUACUCUGGUCAGACCAUGUACGAGUCGUACUUGAUUGUGGGCUGGAACGUUCUCUACACUCUCUUCCCGAUCCUUGUGCUCGGCAUCACCGACGAAGACAUUAGCUCGGAAACUGUGCUACUCUAUCCGUUUAUCUUUCGCAACAACCAAAAAGGCCAAGAACUCAACAUUGAGAAAAUGCGCGUGUGGGUCGUGAACGCGCUCUUGCACUCGUUUCUAGUCUUUAUGCUCGGGACCUAUUUUGUGUAUAUUGUGGACGGGUCGUCGCCACCCAACUCGAGUGUCUUCCUCUACGGCACGGCUGUCUACGGUGUCCUUGUCGUGACCGUGACGAUGAAAGCGGCCAUGGUCAUGCAGCGCAUGCACCGCUGGACGCGCUACCACUACCUCUCGAUCAUUUCGGGGCCGCUCAUUUACUUUUUGUUCGUGCUCUCGUACUCGCAGGCCUAUGUGUGGGUGCCCAUUUCCCCGGUCAGCGACUUUUGUGGCCUUGGAAAAGUUCUCUUUGGCACGGCGCAAUUCUGGCUCGUCAUUGUGCCCGUCUCGUUUGCGUCCUUGAUGGUCGACGUGAUUGUUAUGUACCUCCAGCGCAUGUACUUGCCGACGAACCAGGACAUUAUCGAAGAGAUCGAUUGUUGCCUCGACAACAACAGCGUGUGCGAGAGCACGUCCAAGAUGGGCACAAGUAAUUCCAAGUCGUGGAUCAUGGCCAGCAACCCGCUCGGUGAUUGGACCAAGCAGCACGACGCGUCGUCGACCGAGCACGAAGAGCUGUGCCGACACUUGGUGCGCAUGGAAAAAGCCAUUGCGCGUGAAAUCGGCGCCCAUCGCAGCGACGACCAGGACAAGGUCAUUUCGGCGACCGCGCAGCCAGCCAUCCACCCCAUCACACUCGAGUUUAUGGGCGAGGAAAACGAAGAGCUCGAGCACGAGUACAACACCAACUUCGCGCUCCGCGAGGCGCGCCGCAUUCGUACGCUCAUGUCGGUCGUUGUCGUGGCCGUGCCACCGUAUUCGUUUGUCGAGUACUACGGCGAAGGCGACGAAAACCUCUGGCCGUACCGAGUCGCGAUGUUCAUCGCGGCGCUUGUGUACAUUGCGUACACGCGCACGUCGUUCUUCCACCGACACUACCAGUACUCGGUCGCGGUGCCCUUGGCGAUCGCCGGCAUUGUGUUUACGCAAGCGAUCAAGUACACGGGGAAGUUUGCGGUCACGAUCUUUACAAUCAUUCUGUAUUCGGUCGUGCGCGUCAAGUUUGUGAUUGCGACAUGGCUGGCGUUUUUCAACUUUUUGUACUUUCUUCUGUCGGGCUACCUCGGUCUGAACCACAUUGCGGCGUCGAGUGAGAAUUCCGCGAUCGACGACACGCUCUUCGUGCUCUUCAUGCUCAUUCCGAUUGGCAUGGCCGCGUUCGGCGGCUACAACCUCCAAGCGACGAUGCGCCGGGACUUUUUACAAAACCGGAUUUUGCUCUACCAAGAACGCCGCAGCACGGAAAUCCUCAACAACAUGCUGCCCGAGCACGUUGUGAAGCGCAUGCAGUCAGGCGACACGCUCAUUUCCGAGGAAGAGAAGGACGUGACGCUCCUCUUCUGCGAUAUUGCCGACUUUGGCUACCUCUUCAAGCACUACUCGCCGACGCAGAUGGUGAGCCUCCUCGACCGCAUCUACUCGCUCUUCGACCAGCUGUGCCUCAAGCACGGCUUGCGCAAAAUGGAGACCGUCGGUAAAACGUACUUUGCCUGCGCGGGGCUCCAAGACAGCGAGAAGGGCCGCGAAGCCGCAAUUCGAACCGCGGCCAUGGCCCACGAAAUGAUGGCGGUCGUGGCCAAGUGCAAGGCGAGCAAUGGCAACGGCAUCCGGAUUCGGAUCGGGAUUCACUCGGGGCGCGUCAUUAGCGGGCUCGUCGGCAUGAAGAAGCAGCAGUUUUCGCUCUUUGGCGACACGGUCAACACGGCCUCGCGCAUGCAAAGCACCGGUGUCACGGGCCACAUUCAGCUCUCGCAGAUGACGUUUGAGAAGAUUCGAAGCGACUUUCACUUUGAAGAGCGUACCGUGGAAGCCAAGGGCAAAGGCCAAAUGAAGACGUUCUUGCUCGGCCGUCCAACCACCGCACUCGCCGAGCGCGCGUGCCGUGGCCAUUGGGACGCGGGCAAGCACGUCGAGUCGCGCCGCGAAAGUGUGCCCAAUACGCGCGAGCCCACCGAAAGCGAGCAGUGUGUGCGGGCGAUCGUGACCCGCUGCAUCGAGUCGCUCCAGCGCACGUUCGACUGCGUCCGCGCGCCGCCGACGGGAGCCAACGAAAGCAGUGCGGCCAAGGAGCUCGAGAUGAAAGCGCAGAUCGACUUGCGCUGGCUGCAUUUCAAAGACACUGCAUACGAGAUUGCGUACUUGCGGGCGAUCGUGGUCGAACAUCGCGCAGGGACGCGCCGCACAGUGCUAGCGCUCGGUGUCUACAUACUCUACGCAGUGCUCCGCGAUGUCCUCCACGACGCCUACGUGACGACCUGUGCAUCGUGCCAUAGCUAUAUGAUCGCGUUCCAAUUCGCGCGCGCGGCGAUCGUCGUGCUCGUCGUGUGGUACGAGUACAGCGAGUACCACGCCAAGCGCGCGCUGUCGUCGCUCGUCGUGCCGGACGGCGUCAUGCGUGCGUCGCACCGCCAGAACCACCGACUCCUCGCCUUCUACGUUGCGAUUGCAAUCGUUCUCUUCAUGCCCAACCUCCUUCGCUGGAUAUCGGAGCAAGCGAGCAUUCUCUACUCGUACCUCUGCCUCGAUAUCAUCAUUGUCAUGUUCCUCGCGUCGUUUGGCGGCUCGCUCUUGUACCCGUCCGUGCUGCUCAUCAACAGUCUCCUUGUGAGCGGCAGUGGCAUCAUUUACUUUACGCUGCAGUUGAACUACGAGUCGCCGACCAUAUCCGACGCUGAGAAACUGCGCAUUUACCCACUUGCAAUUACGCUCUUCAUCGGUCUCUCCAACGUCAUGGCCCGGCGCGACAAUGAGUUCUUUGGACGGCGCAAGUACUGGCUGCAGACGCGCACGCAGCUGGAGACGAAAAAAGCCGACCAAAUGCUGUACAAAAUGUUGCCGCAAUCGCUAGUGACGCAGCUCAAGGACGGCGACACGGUCUGCGACCAGCACCAUCGUGUCGGGAUUCUCUUUUCCGACAUUAAAGGGUUUACCUCGAUCGCGGCGCGCGCCGACACGGACAAGGUGGUUCACAUUCUUGACUCGCUCUUCACCGCGUUUGACAAGCUCACCGAGAAGCACGGCGUUUUCAAGGUCCAGACAAUUGGCGACGCUUACGUGAUCGUGUCGGGCUUGCCGUACGCCGACGUGAGCCUCAACACGGUCUCGACCGACGAUCUGACGGCCCAAGUACUGAGCCGGUCCCCGUUCGAGGACGGGUCGGGCUCGAAGAAAGGCGCGCCAAAGCCUUUGGAUGCCACGUCGACGCACCUCCGGAACCUCAUUCGCAUGGCGAGCGACAUGCAAACAGAGGUCAAGAAGGUGACGGACCCCAACAGCGGCGAGCCGCUGCAAAUGCGCAUUGGCAUACACCUUGGGAGCAUCAUUGCCGGCGUCAUUGGCACGUCGACGUUGCGUUACGACAUGUGGGGACCUGAUGUGCUCACGGGCAACGAGAUGGAGACCAACGGCGUGCCCGGACGCAUCCUCGUAUCCGAAGACGUGCAGCACGAGGCGAGUGUUUGCCCGGACCUGGCGUUCAAGUUUCACAAGAACAUUGACUUUACCAACGCCAACCUCGACACGUACAUCGUCGACUACAUCCCUGGUGGCCUUUUGCCAACACCGCCGACCCCCAAUGGCUCGGUUUAGCCAAUCUCAUCCUACAUAUCCUAUUUAAUUUUGUGUGUGUUUCUA